UUGUGACACACUCUCGACAUAUAUUGACCCUUUUUUUUAGAGAAAAGAAGGGGCAGUCGAAGUUUCGCAAAAAUAGCGUAAAAUAUAGCGAUCACGUUGCAUUGGCCCUGUUCCCUCUCGCGCUAAACUUGGUGAUCGUAGCAUAAUUAGUCAGUUUCCCGCGUAAUUUCAAGAUGGCGGCUGUGGGAGUUCGAUUCUCUUGUAUCGUUGCAAUGGACUUAAAGCGAGGGAUUGGCAAAAAUAAUGACCUUCCAUGGAAAAUAAGAGGUGAUAUGAAGUUCUUUACCGAAAAAACAUCUGAAGUAAAAACAGAAGGAAAACAGAAUGCAGUAAUAAUGGGCCGAAAGGUUUGGGAAUCUAUUCCUGAAAAAUUCCGCCCUCUCAAAGGGAGACUAAACAUUGUUCUUAGCAGGACAUUAAGUGAGCCACCACAGGGAGCCCAGCUCUGUAGAAGCUUCGAACAAGCUCUAACAAUUCUUUCAACUGAUCCUUACACAGAAAAGAUAGAAAAUGUGUUUGUUUGUGGUGGUUCAGCUUUGUAUAAGGAUGCAAUUGCCCAUUCAGCUUGCACCAGAAUCUACAUUACCUACAUCGAUCAAGAGUUUGAUUGCGAUGUAUUUUUUCCUGAAUUUGAUCAAAAUACCUACCAUUUAGUUGAAGACCCUGAUGUACCAAGUGUCCAGCAUGAGGAGAAAGGCAUCAAAUACAAGUUCUGUGUGUAUGAUAGGUGUCAAUAGUACAGGCAAGCAAUUCUUGUUCAAUGAUGACAUGCAAUGGUAUGGUAAAUAAAUAUUGUGUACAUAUAUGUGACAAAACCAAAA